UAUUACCAAAUUAAUUAUAAAACUAAUUCUUAUUCUUUUCAGGGAAAUAUUGUAUUCAUAAAUACACAUAUGAAUUUUUGUGCUGGUAUCUUGAUAUCUUACACAAAACUAUGCAAAUUUAAAUAUAAACUCUUAUCUCAAGUUGAAUAUAUGAGUGAAAAAUCUAAUAAUACGUGGAUACUAAAUCCAAAAUUAGGUACAAUUUAUAAUCUGUUUUAUGGUGGUAUGUGGCAAAAACCUAUCGAUGAUAUAUAUUGGGAACACAAUGGUAUUUUACUGGCAAAUGCAACAAGAGGAGAUUUUGAGAAAUGUGUUGAGUUAGCUACAGAAGGAUUUAGAAUCUGGACAGAAAAGUCUAUUGAUUCUAAAAUAUGUAUAUUAUCCAAGCUUACGUCAAUAUUACAAACUAAUGAACCUUUAUUAGCGAAUGAAAUAUCUCAUUGGAUAAAAUUGGCAUAUUACUAUAAGAAUCACGUGAAUUGUCAUCAGAAUGACAAAUUUGAAGUAACAAAAAUUCGUAUACCAAAAGGUGUCAUUUUUCUUGAAAAGAAAGAUGCAGUUACUCUAUUUCGCGAGUUAACACAAUGUUUAAUUACUGGCAAUGCUGUCAUUGUGAUAUGUAAUCCAGAUGUGUGCACUCUAGUAAAAUAUUGUGACAUAUUUUCAACAGCAACAAUACCAUCGGGUGUUAUAAAUCUCAUUUCAAGUUAAAUUAUAGCCUACAUGA